GUGUGUCAUUCAUUUCCAAACCCGUUGCCGAUGGUCGAACUCACGCUGCACCCGGGCGGGCCGACGACCGACGAGCUCCACCUCGCGCGGACGGCCUUCAAGGAGCUCAUCGCGGCCGUCGAGACCGACUCGCCCAUGCACUACCCGCCCGAGGUCGCGACCUUGACCGCAACGACGAUGCUCAAGGCGUCGCUGCAGGACAUCUGCGGCCUCUUCCAUCGGGCGGCAACGAAUGGCUUUGGCCUCCAUACGACGCGCACCGAGCUGCUCCGGACGCUUCUGCCGCUCACUGAGCACUCGUUUGCGGGUAGCCGCUGGAGCCUCCUCCCGCUGCCGAUCCCGCUUGUCCAGCGCCGCGAUCUGCGCUACGUCGAGUACUUUGACACGUUCAUCACGUCGCAUGGCCGCGUCGGCUUUGCCCGCGCCUUGCACUCGAUCGACGACGACGAGUGCAUGCCCGUGCGCGGCUGCCUCCGCGCCAAGGUGCUUGCGUCCGGGUACGUCUUUCGCGAGUGCAGCGACGUGGCCGGCGCGUACACCGUGACGCUCGUGCUCAACGUCGACUUUGGCGGCCACCUCCCGCAGUGGGCGAUCAACGCAGGCUUGCAGUCGCGCGUCAAGCACAUCUACACGCUCGAAAGCCUGUUGCGCACGUCGAAGCGGUCGUCGGCGCGGCCCCGCUGCGGCCAUUGCAGUCGCCACUUUCGGUUCUUUCAAAAGCCACGUACCUGCAGCGCGUGCGGCGACGUCUUUUGCAAGCGCUGCUGCGACGAAAGCACGUGCACCGACUGCCGCGUCGCCGUCUACUCGCCGUCGUCGCUGCGGCCGUCGAUGCUGGACGACACGAUGUUUCGGUCCGCGGGCCGGAACCGCCUCGAGAGCUCGCGCAGUGCGUACAACUUGCACCGCGCUUUGGAAGCCGACCAGCUGCUCGGCGCCGAGCCGAGUAGCCUUCCGGAAGGCCGCCUCAAGGCGAGCAGCGUCGUCGACUUGUCCUACUUGUCGGACUUUGCGACCGAGCACGGGAUUGACGUCUAGCGCGUGUGGGCAGAUCGAUGUGGUCUUCGUUCUGUCAAAAUAAUGUAGUCAACAGUGUCGUGUCUUUUUGUGGACAA